AUGACUACAGCCAAAGCGAAAUUCGACGUCGUCGUCCUCGGGUGCGGGGUACUCGGCCUUUCCGUCGCAAAAGAGCUCGUCAAGAAAGGUCUUCGCACCGCUCUCGUUGCUAAGGACCUCCCAGAAGACGUCCAGAGCACAGGCUUCGCCUCUCCCUGGGCCGGUGCAUACUGGAUCUCCCAAACUGCAAACAAGGAGGAGCAAGAGUGCGAGCAAUAUACAUUCGAGCAGCUCAAAUCCGUCGCCAAAGAACAACCUUCCAUCGUCCAGCUCAUGCCCUUCUACCAUUACUGGAACAACCCGGAUUCUUGGAAAGAGCCUUGGUGGAAAGAUCUCGUUUCGAACUACCGCCACCUCCCCUCAUCCCAAGUGCCUCCCUCCUACAAGUACGGCGUCGGCUACGAAUCCUUCUCCAUCCACGCCCCCCUCUACCUCUCUUACCUCGCCUCCUCCCUCCGCUCCGCCCCUUCCUCCGUCCCCAUCAUCCGCCAACGCCUCUCCUCCCUCGAUGAAGCUUACAACCUCCCCUCCAUCGGGCCUGUCUCACUUGUCGUUAACGCAACGGGCCUAGGGGCGAAGACGUUGUUAGGGGUGGAGGAUGAUAACGUGCAUGCUGCAAAGGGACAGAGUGUGAUUGUGAAAGCUCCUGGGGUGAAGGGUAGUUGGGGGUUGAAGGAUAAACAUGAGUUGGAGAGCCAGCGCGCUAUCGUCACUUCCCGCCCUGGCCCAGAGGAUCAUGUCGUGCUCAACGGCUACUACUUUGCAAACGACGCAUCCACCGACCUCCUCCCUGCCCGUUCCAUCCAAAUGCUCAAAGACGCGCACAGACUCCACCCUCCUCUCGACGGCAAGGACGGGAAAGGCAAGUGGGAAGAUAUCGAAGUCGUCGAGCAGCUUGUUGGGAUCAGGCCUUCGAGGGAGGGCGGGAUGAGGGUUGAGAUUGAAGAGAGAAAGAUUGGAGACGGUGUGAAGGCGGAGUUGAGGGCGGUGAGGACGAAGGGGGAGAAGGAGGAUGAGGGUAGGGAGGUGGGGGUGUUGCAUGCUUAUGGUAUUGGGGUGGGUGGGUAUCAGGCGAGUCUGGGUGUGGCAAAGAAGGCGGGCGAGCUGGCGCAGGUUUGGUUUGACAAGAAGGCUUGA